GUCGCCACAGGAAGUCAGUUUCCUCUUUUGCAGAAAGCUAACGCUACAAUUAUAACGUUCCCCUGCUUCAUACUGACACACUGAAUUUAUUUAUAUUUAUGACAGACUUGAAAAAGCAACGUUUAAGCGUUGUUUGUGAUAGUAUCGAGGCAUUUGUAGCCAGUUAGGAUUACGAUUGUAGCGUUGUGAAAGCAACAAUAAGCUAAGGUAGUAAUUGCAACAACCUUUUUAUUUAUCUAAGUUACCAACGUUGGUCUGAAGCCUUUUCUCCAAAAUGAUGAACUAUUCUGACUACGACUCUGAUGGAUACUCCUCUAAUGAAGAUGCAGACUACGUCCCAUCAGAUGAUAACCUCAGCGAGGAUGACAUUAAUGAGUGCGAAAAGGAAGACCCUCUGCACGGGGAUGAUGAUGUGCCGCAUCCUGACAAUGUUAGCAAGAAGAAGAGGAAGAAAAAGGACAUCAGUAUGAGAAAGAGGAAGAAAGGAGUACUGAAGGUAGACCAGGAAGAGACGUGUGGAGACGGAGCGGAGGAGGGACUGCCUCCACAGGAAGAGGUGGCAAAACCCGCUGAGGUACAGAAGGAUGAUGAUGACAGACAGAAGAAGAAAUCAGAUGACCUUUGGGCAAGUUUCCUGUCUGAUGUUGGAUCCAGGCCCAAAGAAUCAGCACCUGCCUCACAAUCAAAUACCACACAGAAGGAUGAUUCCUCAGUAUUGAAGGUUGCACCUUUGAGUACAGAAACAAAAGCCUCAGAACCUGCUAAAGUCACCAUCACUAAAGUUUUUGACUUCGCU